AUGGUGGGAGACAUCCCAGAUUUGGAGAGCCAGCGAGAAAAUCUAGAGCAGCCGUUCCUGAGUGUGUUCAAGAAGGGGCGGCGGAGGGUGCCUGUGAGGAAUCUGGGCAAGGUCAUACACUAUGCCAAGGUCCAGCUGCGAUUCCAGCACAGCCAGGACAUCAGCGACUGCUUCCUGGAGCUGUUCCCCUCUUACCUGUACUUCCAGGCCCAUGGUUCCAAAGGACUCACCUUCCAGGGGCUGUUACCACUGAUGGAGCUGAGUGUCUGCCCGCUCGAGGGAUCCAGAGAGCAUGCCUUCCAGAUCACAGGCCCGCUGCCUGCUCCCCUUCUCGUGCUCUGCUCCAGCCAGGCUGAGCUGGGCCGCUGGCUGUACCACCUGGAAAAGCAGAUGGCCCUCGUGGGAGGGCUGCAGCACUGCCGCUCAUCGCCCCCGCGGGGCCUCCCUGAGGACGAGCUGCCCUGGACUCUGCAGCGCAGACUGACCCGGCUGCGGACAGCAUCGGGGCGUCAGAUGGUGGGUAGUGCCAUCUGUGCCUCGAGGGUCAAGCUUCAGCAUCUGCCUUCACAGGAACAGUGGGACCGGCUCUUGGUCCUGUACCCGACAGGGGAGCUCCCACUCAGCGCCAUCCACAUCAACCUGGAGGAGAAGGAGAAGCGGAUCCGCUCUUUCCUCAUCGAAGGCCGUCUCAUCAACACCAUUCGCGUGCUGUGUGCCAGCUACGAGGACUACAGCCACUGGCUGCUCUGCCUGCAGACGGUCUCCCACGGGGACGGAGCUCCCCCACCGCCCGGCCCUGAGAGCUUCCCAGGGCUGCGGGUGUCCACACAGGUCCUGGGUGGUGGCCGAGGCUCACUCUCCUCAGAUGGACGAACCAGCUGGGGCUCAGGGUGCCCAGCACCCCCGUCCACGCACACCAGCCACUCUCUCCCUGAAUCCUCAGUGCCGUCCACCACAGGCUGCCCCGCCCAGCCUGUGCCUGACCAGGCCAACCCUGGCGGCACCGGCACCAGCAGGCAGAGGGCAGAGCCGAGACGGAGCAGCAGCAGUCGGUCACCCAGGAACAAGGCCCGGGCUGAGGGGCCCGGCCUGGCCACCUCGUUGUUUUUGGACCUGACCAAGCUGAGCAAGCACAGCCCGGAGGGCAACCCCGACGCCCGAGACCAGCCUCCAGAGGCCCCACGGUCCCCGCUCUAUGCUGAUCCCUACACACCACCUGCUACCUCCUACCGCAAGAUCACAGAUGUCCAGGGCCUGGAUGAGUUCCUCGGCGCGAUGCAGAGCUCACUUGGACCUGAGUCCUCGAGCGCAUUCCCCUUGGUCCCUGUGUCUGUGCCUGUCUCUGACCCCAGCUCUGGGCUCUCCGGUCCCCACUUGCUCUCCAAGAAGGGAGCCCUGCAGCCGCGAGCCUCUCAGCGGCACCGAGGCUCUGUCCAGGGCCAGGGUCCACCACCCCCAGACUCCCCUCAGCAUGUCUCCCCUGUGAGAGAAGUCUCACCCGACCCCCUGCUGCCUCCCUCAGGUGGCCAUCCCCUCAGGAGCUAUGACAACAUCUGGGACAAAGCUUCAUCUCCUUCCCACAAGCGCUGGCCCCGCGGAGCACCUGAGGCUGGUGGGGGGCUCAUCCAGUGGAUCUGA